UAAUACAAGGGGCUGUUCACGCGCAAGGAAUAGAACAGAACGCUCUAUAAAGUGUCUCGCGAUUUUAACGGUUGAAGUUCGUUUGAACUUGACAGGACGUCUAUGUUUACAAACAGCGCGGACGGAAAUAACAAAGCGUUCGGCGUGAACGGUGCCUGACGUCACUUGUGUUUUCACGUGGUGCUGUCUAAACAUCAUGGCGGCUGGUUUCAAAACUGCAGAGCCUCUAGAGUAUCACAGAAGCUUUUUGAAAGAAAACUGUCGUCCAGAUGGAAGGGAACUGGGAGAGUUUAGAACCACAACAUUAAAUAUCAGCUCCAUAUCUACAGCUGAUGGAUCAGCAAUGGUAAAAAUUGGAAACACCACAGUGAUCUGUGGGAUAAAGGCUGAAUUAGCUAUGCCCUCCUCUGAUGCUCCAAACAAAGGAUAUAUAGUCCCAAAUGUAGAUCUGCCACCACUGUGCUCGUCUAGAUUCAGACCCGGACCACCCGGAGAACAGGCUCAGGCAGCCAGCCAGUUUAUCGCUGAUGUCAUUGAGAGUUCAGAUUUAAUAGAUAUGGAGGAAUUGUGCAUUGAAAAAACAAAGAUUUGCUGGGUGCUGUACUGUGAUAUAAUGUGUUUAGAUUAUGAUGGCAACUUACUUGACACCUGUUUCAUAGCUCUGCUGGCAGCUUUAAAAAAUGCACAACUCCCUGAAGUCAAGAUAAACAAAGAGACCGAUUUAGCAGAAGUUGAUAUGCAGAAGAAGCAGCAUUUGAAGAUCAACCGGCACCCUGUUGGCUCAUCGUUUGCAGUAUUUGAUGACUCUAUCAUCAUAGUAGACCCCACUGCAGAGGAAGAGAGCUUGUCUACUGCAUUAAUGACUGUAGUAACAGAUGAGCAGGAAAGACUCUGUGCUGUCCACAAACCAGGUGGCACGUCGUUAUCUGGUGAAAAACUUCAACAAUGCAUAAAUCGCGCUAUAACGAGGAACAAAGAGAUCACCAAACUGGUGGACAAAGUCAUCGAGAGCACAAAGACAACAAAAUAAAUGCACAAAUUCAUGACAUUUUAUCUAAAAGUUGUAUUUUUCACUGUCAAUAUAUACUUUCUUUUUUAUCACAAUAAAACUGCAGACAAAGACCAUUUACAAAAAUUCUGCCUCAGUGUUC